GUCAGAGCAGGCUGCGACGCCUGCCGCUGGCCAGAGCUGAGACCCGGGAGGUGUGUAGCGGAGCAGGGCCUGGGCAGACUCCGGCCAAAGCGCCUAGCACAGCGUCGGCGGCUCCGGGGCGGGGGCGCCAGCGGCGAAGCCCCCUCCCCGGGGAGGCGGGGCCGGGCCGGCUCCCGGGAAUCAUGCAUCAGAAACUGCUGAAGAGUGCGCACUACAUCGAGCUGGGCAGCUACCAGUACUGGCCGGUCCUGGUGCCCCGUGGUAUCCGCCUCUACACCUACGAACAGAUCCCGGUGUCCCUCAAAGACAACCCCUACAUCACCGACGGCUACCGGGCCUACCUGCCCUCCAGGCUGUGUAUCAAAAGUUUGUUUAUUUUGUCCAACGAGACGGUGAACAUCUGGAGUCAUUUGCUGGGUUUCUUCCUCUUCUUCACCCUGGGAAUAUAUGACAUGACAUCCGUGCUACCUUCGGCAAGUGCGUCCAGAGAAGAUUUUGUAAUUUGCUCCAUUUGUCUUUUCUGCUUCCAGGUCUGUAUGCUCUGCUCAGUGGGCUACCAUCUGUUUUCCUGUCAUCGGUCAGAAAAAACUUGUCGAAGAUGGAUGGCGUUGGAUUACGCAGGGAUUUCUAUUGGAAUACUGGGCUGCUACGUCUCGGGAGUCUUUUAUGCAUUUUAUUGUAAUAAUUACUGGCGUCAAGUGUACUUGAUCACCGUGCUUGCGAUGAUCCUGGCGGUGUUUUUCGCGCAGAUCCAUCCCAGUUACCUCACCCAGCAAUGGCAGAGGCUGCGCCCCAUCAUCUUUUGCUCUGUCUCCGGGUAUGGAGUGAUCCCUACUCUCCACUGGGUUUGGCUUAAUGGAGGAAUCAGUGCUCCUAUUGUACAGGACUUCGCACCCCGGGUAAUUGUGAUGUACGUGAUUGCCCUGCUUGCUUUCCUGUUCUACAUUUCCAAAGUUCCGGAACGGUACUUUCCAGACAGGGUCCGACUCUGUAGUACUCGAACUUUCUCUGUAGACCAGGCUGGCCUUGUCCUCAUAGAGAUCCGCCUGCCUCUCCCUUCCAAACGCUGGGAUUAAAGGUGUGUGCCACCGCGCCCAGCCCUGUAAGUUUUACUUUAAUUCUUAAAAUGCCUGCUUUCUUUUUGUACAUGAAUUCUGUAAUAACUGCUGUGUAUAACAAAAGUAAAAAGAACAUACUUUGCUUUCAAACAACUACUCGCUGAAUAGUUCUGACCUAGAUCUGACUUAGGGACAGUUAUUCCAUGUUCUCUGAAAUGUUCACUAUUGUAAGAAAACUACUGUCCUCAUCUUUUAUCUUUAUAUGUGUUUAUUAAAAAGGAAUGACUGGACUGCUGUCAACUGUAAACACUUCUGUAUGUCAGAAUUUAUUGACCGUCUACUGUGUGCAUAACACUACUGAUGAAAAAUUAAGUUAUUCACAUUAAAGAAUAUUUGACAAUUGCUUAAAAAUCUGAGCUUUGUAAUAAUGUAUAUUUUUGUUUUAAUCAGUUUAUUAAAAUGAUUGAAAAUUGUAUUUCCAGCUACGGUAGUUUAAAAGCUAAUCUUACUUUUACCUGUACACACACAAACUAUAAAAGCUAACAACACUUUAAAAGUAGGUUUUUUAAACUAUCUGUGACUAUUUUAAAUUAUAACAAUUUAUAGAAAUGCAGUAGACUCAAUAAACAAUCAUCUUUCUCUAUAAA